UAGCGAAAAUGACAGUGUGCGCCGAGUGGGAUCGAGAAUUGUUCGCUUAUGGACCGUAGCUUAACCGAAUGAUGUCUAGUAAAAGUUCGGUGAAUCCUUAUAAUGUUACCAGUGUUGGAGAAGUGACACACGUAGAUAGAACUGUUUAUACGACUGACACAAUGCAGACAAGUACAGGGCCAACGCUGUACCAUCACCAUCAAAAGCUUACAAAUGCGGACUUUUUACAACAACAACAUUACCCUAUGAUGGGAAAUGGCCUACAACUUUCGCAUCAUCCAACGGCGCAGUGGGUAGGCCUGUCAUCUUCGCAUAACGAUGGAGGAUGGGGACAAGCUAUGCCACCGGCACUACUCACCCCAACAGAUAUGAAACCUAUUUUAUCACAGAGAGAUGAUAUGCAAAAUGGUGGGCCUCGACCGGCUCAUCAGCACCACUGGAACUCUCACACGCCGACUUCGUCUCAUAUGUCAUCAAUGAGUAUGCCUCCGAUGUUAACGAGUAAUACUUUAUCGCAUCUUCAUCACCCGUACGGACCUAUGAAUGGGAUGCUAAGUCCGACCCAGCAACUGGCCCAGUGCAAUUCACCUCCUAACAGCGACCAGCAUGAACCGAUCGAAGAGGAGGCCCCUACGUCAGACGAUCUCGAACAGUUUGCCAAAAUGUUCAAGCAACGACGAAUCAAAUUAGGAUUCACACAGGCCGAUGUUGGGCUUGCUCUUGGAACUUUGUAUGGUAACGUUUUUAGUCAGACAACUAUUUGUAGAUUUGAAGCCCUACAGUUAAGUUUUAAGAACAUGUGCAAAUUGAAGCCACUGCUUGCAAAGUGGUUGGAAGAAGCUGAUUCAACGACAGGUUGCCCAACAGCAAUGGAUAAAAUUGCCGCACAGGGACGCAAGCGAAAAAAGCGCACCAGUAUUGAGGUAACGAUAAAAGGAGCUUUGGAGAACUCAUUUUUAAAGCAAUCUAAGCCGUCGGCCCAAGAGAUUGGUACAUUAGCGGAAGGCUUGGGACUUGAAAAAGAAGUUGUCCGAGUUUGGUUUUGUAAUCGUCGUCAAAAGGAGAAGCGAAUGACACCCUUAUUGAUGCCACAUGGCGCAAUGGAACAAUCAGAUAUGAUGGAGAAUUCACCUCCACCGCCAGGACAACAAGGUAUGCAGGUGACAUCUGGGAUUACUCAGCUUCAUACUAACAUCUCAAACACAAGCCCAUGUUCUGUUGCCGUCCGUACUAAAGUUUCUCCGAGUGUACAUAUGCACCACCAGUCACCGCUCCCGAUGACGUUACCCCCUACGCCACCCCACCCGUCGAUGCCACAUUAGGUGAGCCUUAUCUAUCAAUUUUUCAACUGCGGACUAAUCUCAGGACAACAAAUGAUUUUGUCAUUGUCAUGGUUUUACUUGAAAAAACCCCCCAAAAAUCAUUAAACUUGGGAAUGUAUAGUUCUGAAAUGUGUAAAUCUAAUAACUAUUUGAAAAUUAUUCUCAAGUGAAAAAAAAGAACAUUUUUAAAAGAAAGAUGACAAAAUCUUGUGUUUGUGUGAAUAACAAUAAGAGUCUCAGAAACCAUAUUCACGAGUACAAUGCAAAUAUGGUAUUCACUAAACCCGGGCUAUUAUGUAAAGGAAGUCAACAGAGGUUUGGCUCUCUAUUGUGGACCUUCACACAAUUAUAUCGACCUUUUAUUCAACGGUAUGUGGAUCAUGCCUAAAAUAUUAUAGUUUAUGUAGGCCUACGUUUGAAAGAUAAUGUGAGGAACAGAGUCUAAUUCAUUUAUUGUCUGCUGUUCUUCAAAUAAACAGAAUAAUGUGUCCUAGCAGAACACGUUCUGCAGUUGUAAAACUAAUAUAUUAUUAUCUAAAACUAUUUAACUUAAGUGGUGCUAGACAAACGCUCGAGUUGCUCGACUCUCGAGUGCCAAUUCUUUUGUGUGCUUUUAUCGUUCGGUGUGCUUAAACCACUCCCACCUCGGUUUCUAUCGUUAUAACUAAGCACAACAAAAACAAAACUAUCCCAUAGUCAGAUGGGGUGGGGGGAGGUGUAUAGAAUCUAUAAAUUAUCCACAGCCAUUGACACCACAUUAUACAGGCCAAAUUGUUAACUUUCUAAAAUUUUGAACUUUUAUAGAUUUUGGGUAUUUUCCUUGUAGUUAAUAAGGCAAAUCUGUUCCUUAUUUAAAUUUUUUUGCAAUAAUUUUGGAUCCUAUAUUAAAUUGAUUCAGCAUUCGCUUGGUUUAUUGUGGGUUUUUAUAUAUCUGAACUUCUUAUCAAUAUUUUUUUUACUUUAUAUUUAUGCAAUUUUUUUCUGAAUUGUUGUUCUUGUGUUUUAGAGUACCAAAUAAACUUCAAAUCAAUUCAUCAAUCCCUAGGCCUUUGUACUCGUCAGUGGUUUGUUUACCUUGCUGAUUACCGCGGACCCUAUACUCAUCAUAGCCGUACUGUCUCGGUGCUGCGUUCAAGCACGAGAUAGCCUAGCUCAAAGCGCAAUUAUUUGAAGGGUAAACAACGUGAUGUAAAGAACAAAUAGGCCUAUCUAAUUUUUUGUAAACGUCAGGGUAUGUUGUUGCUCGCCACCAUAAGUAUUCUCCAACUUGAUAAGUAUUUAACAUCUCGUAUGGUAUUUAAAUUUGACGGCUGUACAACAAAGCAAAACUAUAGUUUUUCACCUUGAAGUGUCUCGUAAUUUAUUCACAAAACAAAGGUUUAGAUAUUGAUUUAUCAUUAUUUAUUGCCAAUAUUAAUUUUGUAUAUAUUGUAAAUUUUGUAUCAAAACGUCUAUAUUAAUUUCUUCAUUUUUUUCAAAAAGUAAGUGUAAACUUACGGGUGAUUCAUAUCCAUACGUCUUUCUAUUGCCGGUUCGAUAUUUAAUUUUAACUGAAUUUUAAAUACCGUCUUUUGACAAUUAUUCGAAGAACACUUGUUUACUUGUUUAAUGUUUAAGCAAAUAAACAAAAUAGUUGGUGUAAUGUUUAAGAGGAGAACGAAAAAAAAUCUAAUAAAUUAAAAAUAACAACAAUCUCGGAUCGAACAGAAUCCUGAUUCUUUCUAUAGUUGAUAUAUGUAUAGGCAUAAUGCCUUAAUGAUACACUUUAUAUUGCAAAACAAAACAAACUAUUGUAGUAAUAAAUUUACAAUUUAGAGAAAAGGAAA